GCGCACGAUCGAUAAAAGAGCGCCAAGAGAUUCCUGGUUAAUACGGCGAUCGAAUCUCAUUUGCUUUGCUGCCUCUGCACGGCAGCCACAAAAAGCAACAGCUUCAUUCUGCAGCCAAUUUCGCGGUACGUAUUCAUUGCUUUUUCACUGUAGCCGCAGUUUUGGCUUUUGGGUUGCCCUUUGCAUAGCUUUUGUAAGAAUCCUGGGUCGAUCCGGAUUUAACUUAAUCUAGGAUUAGUAAUCUAUGUACUGGAUUUAGGAGUCUUUGACUAAUAGAUUCUUGCAUUGUUGGGAACUCUAGGAGUAGGCAGCCGUUAUUAGCUGACGGUGGGAUUUUGGGUAGGAAUAGGUCAUCAUGUUUUGCUAAAUUUGGGGUUUUGGGGGUUCUGAUUUGGGCGAAUUGUUAGCUGGGCCUCUAGGUGGCAAUCUGUUUGUGGUAGUUACAGUGGAUUUAGGAUUGGAAUCGUCUGGGUUGGGAAUUUGGGGUAAAUAGGCGAGGUGUUUUUUGGGGUUGUGGGUGUGACAGAUUUGGGAAUUGUGAAUUGGGAAUUGGGUUUGAAAAUUUGAUGGUAAUCACGACUUCAAUGGCUUUCUAUGCCAGUCAUCCGAGUGCCGUAUGCUCAGCUCCGCAUCCCUGCCAGAGUACUUCUUCCUUCCUAGCAGACUACGAUGCACAUCCCAGGCAUUGCUCAACUGUCCCAAAACCUAAAAUUGGAGGCUUGUCCUGCCUUUUUGGUGCCCAAUCCAUUAAACAUUCCGCUUGCUUGGCAAAUGAUUGCUUGGAUACUUCUUCCUUUUCCUCUGGGAUGACUAGAAGAGCUUCCUUCAAUGACCUUGGGAGCCUUCGGCAUGGAGAGACCAGGUGUGAGGAUUUGGCAAGUUCCUAUUCUUCGUCAUAUACUCCGGUGACGUGUUCCCUCAAGAUUAGGGAACAGAGUCCUGUGUCGGUACUGCAAGGUCCUCGCUCUUGUGCUACUGCCCCAAUAAGAAGCCCGCCCGGAAGAAUGCCUAGGAUUGGUGAUACACAGCACAGAUGGGACGGCUUCAAGAUUGCCAGGGAUGGGUGUUUUACUAACUUUGUUCAAAGUGCGCUGGGAUCGCCAUGCCUGGAUUCUGAAAUGGUCUCAGAUGUAACUGAAGAUCUGCAAAUGGGCCCACAUGACAGUUUUGUGGAUUCUUCCCCUUCAACUCUUGAUGAUGAAUUCACAUUCAACAUUGAAGGGAAUUUUGUAGAAAUAAGGCAUGGGCAAGAUGAGGUUCAUGGAAACUUUGAGGAUAGAAGGGUUCCUGAUGAUACAAUCCCUGGUCAACUUCAUCCCAGUUUCAACGAAAUUCUCAAAAAUGCACAGAGCAGAUAUAAGAUUUUCAACGAGGAGCUUGUGAUCAAAGCUUUUUACGAGGCUGAGAAGGCACAUAGGGGUCAGGUUCGGGCAAGUGGUGAUCCAUAUCUUAUACAUUGUGUGGAGACUGCUAUUUUGCUUGCAUCAAUUGGAUCUAGUGAGAUUGUUGUGGCUGCCGGAUUGCUCCAUGAUACACUCGAUGAUACAAUGAUGGAUUCGGAGCAUCUGUCCUCGCUCUUUGGAAACGGUGUCGCAAAAUUGGUGGAAGGGGUGUCGAGACUGAGUCAGUUCAGUAAGCUUGCACGUGACAACAACACUGCUAAUAAGAAUGAUGAGGCAGAACGUCUUCACACCAUGUUCUUGGCAAUGGCGGAUGUAAGGGUGGUCUUAAUUAAGCUGGCAGAUAGAUUGCAUAACAUGAUGACCUUGGGAGCUUUAACAUUUGAAAAACAACAGCGAAUAGCAAAAGAAACACUAAUGAUUUUCGCUCCUCUAGCUAACCGGAUUGGAGUUUCAAGUUGGAAAGCUCAACUUGAAAAUUUAUGUUUUAAACACCUCUACACUCGAGACUAUUAUGAGCUUUCUUCUAAACUUGCUGAGGGGUUCAGGGAAGCAACUAUCAUGGCUGCAAUUGAAAAAUUGGAUCAAGCUCUGAGGAAAGAAAACAUCCCCUAUUAUGUUUUAUCUGGCAGAUCAAAGAGCCUGUACAGUACUUACUUGAAAAUGUUGAAGAAGAAGUCAACCAUUGAUGAAAUCCAUGAUCUGCGGGGUAUACGGUUGAUUAUCCUAAAUGAAAAGGAUUGCAAUGAUGCCCUGCGUAUUGUUCAUGACUUGUGGCCUGUUGUUCCCGGGGCACUUAAAGAUUACAUAAAACACCCAAAGUCCAACGGGUAUCAAUCCUUGCACACGGUUGUAUGUGGGGAAGACAUGCUUCCAUUAGAAGUCCAGAUUCGAACAAAGGAAAUGCACCAGCAAGCAGAGUUUGGUCUUGCUGCACAUUGGAGGUACAAAGAGGGUGACUCUAAACAUUCAACCUUCAUUCUUCAGAUGGUGGAAUGGGUACGGUGGGUGCUAACAUGGCAUAGUGAGACUAUGGACAUGAAGUUGCGGCUUGCACGACAGGAUGCAGACUUCAGACCUCCUUGCCCAUUUCCUUCUCACAGAGAUGACUGCCCACACUUGGAUAAGCUUUCUGAACCACCAUGCAGUCUGGAUGAUCCAAUUUUUGUGAUAAUGAUGGAAGAUGACAAAAUGACAGUAAAAGAGUUGCCUCCCAAUUCAACUGUGAAGAGCUUGCUCGAGAAAAUGGGCAGCGAUAACUUACCUUUUACUUCAUAUGGUGCCACCAUCAAAGAAGAGCUAAUGCCGAAACUGAACCAUGAAACUGUCUGUGAUCUUAGUCAGAAGUUGAAAACGGGUGACUUGGUGGAAUUGAGGCCAUCGAUACCGGAUAAAUCUUUAAUUGAGUGCAGAGAAGAGAUGAAGCGAUUGUUUAACAAAGCAUAUGGCGACAAAGAUGAAUCAAGUGAAAUGCUAAGAAGAAGCUCCCAGAUCAAACCCGUUCCAUCCUAUAUAUAGCCAUUUUUUGUUUGUGAAGGUGGAAAUGAAUGUCAAAGAGAUUUGAUACAAAAAUAUGAUUUGUACAGUGUACUGAGUACUUAUUGUUGACAUUGUGUCUGGGAUUUUCUCGGGCAGCUCAUACUUCAUUCUCUUCAAAUCAGGGCAAAUACAUUAAGGUCAAUCGGUUUUUCAAGAAAUUUGUGAAAUUGAUUUACUUUCUCAAUUUGUUCCAAAUAAACUGUACGCUUUAAUGUCAGCUUUCAAACAUGUAAAAAUCAUAGUGUUGUUAGGUACGGUGCACUUUUUCUUGACCUGAUUUGCCUAAAGAUUUGUUGCUAAGGCUUGCAAUCAUUUUACUUUUAUAAAUUCUUGCCUGGAAGGCCAGAUAUAUGAGAAAAAAGAUGUAUAAAUAUCAUACCUUUUACAA